AUGACCUGUAUUGCUCUUUUGUCCUUUCGGCCUAUUUUGCAGUCGAUCAGCUCUUGCCCACUCAUGGGGCUGGAUUCGGAGUUGGAGCCGGGCAUCGUCGGAAUAGGCCUGAGUGCCUGCGAGGCGUUGGCUUGUUGCAGGAGGGCCUGUGAAACCAUGGUUGAAGUGGUAAGUCAGGUGCACAAGACUCGGGAACAAUUCGGCCUUGAUGGACCGACCACGGUACAUUGCAAGUGA